AUGUCAAAAUACACACCUCUGCAAGAAGGGACUUCAACAUUUGUGAGGCUUCCUCGAGAUAUCCAGAUGAAACGAGCUGUUCUCAACAUAGAAAAUUUCGAUGAGUACUGUUUUCUAUGGAGCGUCGUUGCUGCGAUUCAUCUUCCUAACACUGGACAUCCUGAGAGAACAUCGGCGUAUCCUCAUUAUAGUGCUGUCCUAGAAUAUACAGAUGUACUUCUUUUAGCUGACAUAUUUCAAAAUUUUAGACAUAAUUAUAUGGCUACUUAUAGCUUAGAUCCUUUACAUUACUAUACAGCGCCGGAACUUGCUUUCGAUGCGAUGUUAAAAUAUACACAUGUUGAGCUCGAGUUAUUUACCGAUCCUGAAAUGAUGCUUUUUAUUGAAAAAGGUAUCAGAGGUGGUGUAUCUCAGUGUACAAAUAGGUAUGCAGUAGCUAAUAAUCGUUACAUGGGAUCCAGCUUUAAUCCUAAUAAAGCUGUAUCCUAUUUAAUGUAUUAUGAUGUGAAUAAUUUGUAUGGUGCUGCUAUGAGUAUGCCGUUACCAAAAGGUUCAUUUGAAUGGGUUUACCCACCUGACGAUCUAUCUUUUGACGUCGAUAACGUAGAUCAAUUUUUAAACGACAUCGAUAGCGUUGGCUAUGUAUUAGAAGUUGAUCUACAUUAUCCUCAGGAAUUGCAUGAUCUACAUAAAGAUUUACCACGAUGUCCUGAACAUUUUUCACCACCGGGUAGCAAAGUUUUAAAAUUUGAACAGUCACUCUGGCUCAAGUCAUAUAUAGAUAAAAAUACAGAUUGUAGAAAGGCUGCUAAAAAUGAGUUUGAAAAGGACUUUUAUAAACUUAUAAAUAAUGCUGUCUUUGGUAACACUAUGGAAAAUGUCAGAAAAUACAAAGAGAUUCAUAUAGUAACAAGAUGGGCCGGUAGAUAUGGUGCUGCUGACUAUAUUUACAUCUAUAAGAUCAUCAAACGUGAUAUCGCCAAGUUUGACACCUCUGAUUAUCCACCUGAUAAUGUUUACAACAUACCACUUGUUAAUAAGAAAGUAUUAGGUCUGAUGAAGGAUGAGAAUAAUGGUAAAAUUAUGACUGAAUACACUGGACUUAGAGCAAAGUUGUAUGCUUUUAAAAUUUAUAAUGAAGAUCAGGUAAAAAAGCGAGCUAAAGGUAUUAAACGUCCAACUUUGCGAACUAUCACUUUUGAAGAUUUCAAACGAUGUUUAGAAGAUCAUGUAAAUUUAAGUAAGACACAAUAUGUAAUUAAAAGUAACAAACAUCGUGUUAGUACAAUAGUUCAGAAUAAGAUAGCUUUAAGUUGGGAAGAUGACAAGCGUCAGCUUCUGUUAAACAGUACAGAUACCGUACCAUGGGGUUACAAAGUAUCAAGAGAUGAUAGAGUAGUACAGCGUACGGUGGUUACGAGAAAGGCAACAAAUACGGUGCAGUAG